CUUCUUCUUCUUCUUCUUCUUUUUCUGCUCCGCCAUUGUCGCUUACGCCUACCCACAAGUCCCUCGCCAAGAGGCUAUUUUUCGCAACAUGAUCAUAAACGCGACGGAGUUUCCUUCCGAGGAGUACUUCGACUACAUCGUCGUCGGCGGCGGAACCGCCGGCUGUCCGCUGGCGGCGACGCUGUCCCGCGCCUUCCGGGUGCUUGUCUUGGAGCGCGGCGGCGUCCCGUACGGCGACGCCAACGUGAUGAACCAAGAAGGCUUCUUGACGGCCCUCGCCGAGGCCGACGCCGACGACUCCCCCGCCGAAGUCUUCACCUCCGAGGACGGCGUCCCCAACGCCAGAGGACGAGUCCUCGGCGGCAGCAGCACCAUCAACGCCGGUUUCUACACCCGGGCCGAGGAGGAGUUCUACCAAAAGUCCGGCAUCGCUUGGGACCGCAAGAUGGUCAACGAUUCGUUCGAGUGGGUGGAGAGCAAGAUCGUGUUCAGGCCUGAGGUUAAGGCGUGGCAAUUGGGUGUCCGAGAUGGGUUGUUGGAAGUUGGAGUUGGUCCCUAUAAUGGGUUUAGUUUGGAUCAUUUGUUGGGGACUAAAGUUGGUGGUUCUAUACUUGAUAGCUCGGGAAGGAGACACAGUGCUGCCGAUCUUUUGUUCUAUGGAAGGCCUCCGAAUUUGAAGGUUGUUGUGUACGCGAGUGUGGAGAAGAUUCUGCUGGCCUCGCCGGCUUAUCCCGGGGCGAUGAAAUCGGCGAACGGAGUCGUUUUUCGGGACAGAAGAGGCAAGUGUCACAAUGCUAUGGUCAGGGAGAAUGGGGAAGUUCUGCUCUCUGCAGGCGCAAUUGGCAGCCCUCAACUGCUUUUGUUGAGCGGAAUUGGUCCGAGGGCUUAUCUUUCGUCAUGGAGAAUUCCGGUUUCUCAUGAUCUUCCUUAUGUUGGGAGAUUCUUUUAUGACAAUCCCAGGAAUAGUAUCUCAAUUGUGCCUCCGAGUCCGUUGGAGCAUUCACUAAUUCAAGUUGUUGGAAUUAGUCCAUCGGGGGCUUACAUUGAAGCAGCCUCCAAUUUGGUUCCCUUCGCCGCCCCUCCUCGCACCGUGUUCAUCCGCACGCCUUCCUCGCCUAUCUACCUCACGGUGGCCACAAUCAUGUCGAAGAUCAACGGGCCGCUCUCAAUUGGCUCUUUUCGGUUGGCGUCCACGGAUGUCAGAACCAGCCCCAUUGUCCGGUUCAACUACUUCCACAACCCUGUGGACAUGGACAAGUGCGUCAAUGGAACGCGAACUAUUGGACGAGUGCUUAGGAGCAUCCCCAUGGAGGAGUUCAAGUUCCGGGAUGGGCUUGGGAAUCGAGAUUUUCGAUUCCUGGGGACUGCAUUGCCCGCGGAUCAGUCCAAUUACGCGCUGAUGGCUGAUUUCUGCCGCCGCACAGUUAGCACCAUAUGGCACUACCAUGGAGGAUGCUUAGUAGAGAAAGUGGUUGAGGGUGAUCAUAGAGUCAUUGGCCUUAAUUCACUGCGAGUUGUCGACGGUUCGACGUUUGUCGUGUCACCGGGAACAAAUCCUCAGGCAACUGUCAUGAUGCUUGGAAGAUAUGUUGGACUGAAGAUAAUCAGAGAGCGAAUGAGAUAUAGAUAAUGACUUAUUCACCUUGUAGCCAAACC